AUGGAGCAGCUGGAGAGGCUCAGCCUCGUCUCUCGCAUUGCUACAGAGCUGCACAACCACUGGGGCAUAAGCGACAAGGAUUUGGCGGAGUUCGUUUUACACCUCGGAGAGGAGUCCCAAUCACUAGAGGAGUUUCGAGCAAAGCUGAAGGCCAACGGUUCGGCAGUUACGCAGGCCCUUGCAGUGAGUCUGUAUACCUCAAUAUCGAAGUUUGUUGCCCGCACCAAAGCACCAAAGCCAUCAGGAACGCCCGGCAGCAGCAGCAGCAGCAAAAGCAGCAGCAGCAGCAAUGGAGGGAAUACCAGCAAUCCAUCCCCGCCCUCUGUUCGAGGAUCCAACGACGCAGCGGCCUCUCCACUUCCUGGCAGCAGCGGCAACAACAGCAGCAGCAGCAGCAGUGGUGGGGUGAAGCCACUUCCGGCGACGGCGUUUUCCUUGUCUCAUCAUCCACCGACGGAGAAGGAAUUGAAAUUCCCUGGCCUGUGCAUGCAAAACCGAUUUGACCGUCCCGAGUUGCAACUCGCACGACCAGAUGAGAACGCCCCUCUGUCUGCGCAUGCACAGCGAUUGCUGGAGAGAGAGAAGGACGACAAGGAGUUAAUGAAGGAACAGCAGGAGGCCUUCAACAGGGCCAAGAACGAAGGGUACUGGGGAGGGAAAGAUAGCAAGAACAGUAGCAGCAGCAGCAAAGGCGGGUUCAGUGCCACGGGAGCGAACGCCCUGCCCGUCGGUGGAGCAGCAGCACCAGCAGCACCAGCAGAUGACAGUCUUAACUUUUGUGGGAGAAGGGGGGCCCCCCUAGAGCGGUACGGCAUCUACGACGGUGUUGUCUCCCGCGUUAUGGAAUAUGGGGCUUUUGUUCAGUUGGAUUUAGCUGAAGGAAGAAGAGAAGGGCUACUUCAUGUGGCAGACAUGAGCAGACCCGAUGGGGGUCCCUGCGUCAGCACAGACGCAGUGCGCAAGGGGCAGAUGGUGAAGGUCAAAGUGCAUGCAAUAGCAGGCAGUCGGCUGUCUCUCACAAUGCGAGAGGUCGACCAAGCCACUGGCAGGGACCUCAAGCCCAGGAACGCACAGGGAGCAAACGCCCCUGGGUCUCGCGCUGCCUUAUUCGAGUCUCUAGCUGAAGAGCAUGCGCAGGCCCUAGAAAAGAAGGGGCUAGGCCGCAUUACAGGAGUUAAGAUCAACAUCGAGUCUACAGAGGAGGAAACGGCUUAUGCGCGCAAAAGAAAGUUAAUGUCGGACUACGACAAGUGGGAGGCGCAGCAGCUGCAGCGCAGCGGGCUGGUGAGCAGUAAAGAGAACCCUUAUUACGAUGAAGAAGCAGGAGGGUUGCUUCCUUCCCAGGAGGCAGAGGAGGACGUGGAGAUUGAAGUGGUUGACGAGGAACCCUUAUUCCUAAGGGGGCAGACUACCAGGGCCGGCAUGCAGUUGUCCCCUGUGAAGAUCGUUGCCAACCCAGAUGGGUCUCUUGCACGUGCAGCUGCGACGGCGCAGUCGCUUGCAAAGGAGAGACGAGACGUCAGACAGGCUCAAGAGGCCGCCAUCCUUGACUCCAUCCCCAAAGACAUGUCCCGACCGUGGGAAGAUCCGAACCCGCAACCUGGCGAAAGAACAAUUGCUCAGGCGCUUCAAGGCCUGGGGCAAUCAGGGUAUGAAGUGCCGGAGUGGAAGAAGUUGUACUUGGGAAAGAAUGUUUCCUUCGGUAUCAAGAGUACCCUCUCAAUAGCUGAGCAGCGGCGUUCUCUGCCUAUCUACAAAUUAAAAGAGCAGUUGUUGAAAGCCAUAACAGGCAACCAAGUCCUCAUCGUCAUCGGGGAGACGGGCAGCGGAAAAACCACGCAAAUGACACAGUAUAUGGCAGAAGCUGGCCUGGUAACCCCUGGCCGGCUCAUAGGCUGCACACAACCCAGAAGAGUUGCUGCAAUGAGCGUUGCAAAGAGAGUAGCGGAGGAGUUCGGCUGCCGUCUUGGACAAGAAGUGGGGUAUUCGAUUCGUUUUGAAGACUGCACCUCGCCAGACACAAUAAUAAAGUAUAUGACUGACGGCUUGUUGCUGCGAGAGGCGCUUGUCGACCCGCGGCUGCAGCGGUACUCCGUCGUGAUGCUGGACGAAGCUCACGAGCGCACCAUCAGCACCGACGUCCUCUUCGGCCUACUAAAGCCUGCGUUUGCUGCUUCUGCUGUGUUGUGUUUGGUUUCGGUUGUUGGUUGUGCUUCUGCUGGGUCUCGUUUUGGUGUCUCGCGGUUUGCUGGAGGAGCUGUGGCGCACAGUCGCUAUGGGUCUGCACUUCGCUUGCGUGUGCUAUUGAGCGCGGAGUGUUGUCGACAGCGACCUGAUUUCAAGUUGAUUGUCACUUCUGCGACGUUGGAUGCGGAAAAGUUUUCAAAUUAUUUCUUCAAUUCCAGCAUUUUCACUAUCCCUGGUCGGACGUUCCCAGUGGAGAUCCUGUACACGAAGGAGCCUGAGACCGACUACGUGGAGGCAGCUUUAAUUACGGUGCUGCAGAUACACCUCUGCGAACCCCCAGGAGACAUCUUGUUGUUCCUUACGGGGCAGGAGGAGAUCGACACCACAUGUCAGACACUCCACGAACGCAUGCAGCGCCUCGAGUCGGCAAACCCGCCUCCCCUCAUCAUUCUCCCCGUCUACUCUGCCCUCCCUUCGGAGGUCCAAACCAUGAUCUUCGACCCUGCCCCCCCAGGAUGCAGGAAAUGCGUCGUCGCAACCAACAUCGCAGAAGCCUCCCUCACCAUUGACGGUAUUUAUUUUGUCAUUGAUCCAGGUUUUGCCAAGGUGAAGAUGUACAACCCCAAGUCUGGCAUGGACGCUCUGACUGUUGCACCCAUCAGCCAGGCCAACGCAAGGCAGAGGGCAGGGCGAGCAGGACGCACGGGCCCUGGAAAGUGUUACAGGCUUUACACGGAGGCAGCGUACAGGUGCGAGAUGCUGCCUACGGCUGUUCCUGAAAUCCAGAGAACAAACCUGGAGAACACCGUGCUGCUUCUGAAGGCCAUGGGGGUAAACGACCUUCUGAAUUUCGACUUCAUGGACCCCCCGCCGGUGCAGACGCUGAUUAACUCCUUAGAAACCCUCUUUGAGCUUGGGGCUCUAGACGAUGAAGGCCUCUUGACCAAACUGGGAAGGAAAAUGGCAGAGUUUCCUAUGGAACCCCAAAUGAGCAAAAUGCUGCUCACAUCGGUCGACCUCAAAUGCAGCGACGAAGUCAUCACCAUCGUGGCAAUGCUCUCUGUCCAAAAUGUCUUCUACAGACCGAAGGACCGGCAGGCGCUAGCUGAUCAGAAGAAGAGCGGCUUUCAUCAGCCGGAGGGGGAUCACAUCACCUACUUGGAGCUGUACCGCGCCUGGCAGCGUAACCGCUUCAGCAAUGCGUGGUGUUACGAGAACUUUAUUCAGCAUCGGGCGUUACGGCGCGCGCAAGACGUUAGGAAGCAGCUCAUUUCGAUUAUGGACCGAUACAAGCUUGACAUCAUCUCAGCAGGCAACGACUACAAACGUAUCUGCCGCUGCAUCUGUGCCGGAUUCUUCCGACACGCCUGCAGAGUAGACCCGCAAGAAGGGUAUAGGACUCUCGUAGAUCAUCAGCAAGUGUUCAUGCACCCAUCCAGUGCCUUGUACAACCGGAAUCCCGAGUGGUUGGUUUACCACGAGUUAGUGCUGACUACGAAGGAGUAUUUGAGGGACUGUUGCACCAUCGAGCCGCUUUGGCUCUGUGACGUGGCUCCAAAGCUCUUCAAGCCUGCAGACCAGCAGCGUCUUUCUCGGCGGAAGAUGCGGGAACGCAUCGAACCCCUGUACAACAGAUUCGAAGAGCCGAAUGCUUGGAGGCUGUCACGCAGACAGGGCAAGAGAUAG